AUGGCAAUUUCUGGAGUAACACUGUAUCAUUUCUUGCUGGUUGGUUUUAUUUCUGCCAACGCAGCUGUCCAGCAGCCUUCAAGUUCAAGAUGUGUUUCUGUUGUGUUGGAUCCAGCUACCAUGACCCUAAAAUUAGUGGACGGAUAUCAUCCGAAUUCUAGCGUCGCAUGGGCGAACUUCACUGACCAUCAACAACAAACGGGAUGGAACUAUUUGACAGUCUCUACCAGCCCCGAGUACAAUGACACCCUCCAAGCCUACGCUGCCGGUCUGGUGGAGGGCUUCCUCACGGCAGACUACAUCUACAUGGAGUGGUUUAACACCAUGGCAAGCUUCUGCCAUUACAUGACGUCUGACUGUCUGAAGAUCCAGGCUUUCCUGACGGAGAACCUAGAAUGGAUGGAGCAGCAGGUGAAGGCCAAUCCAAACGACCCGUACUUCUAUCAGAUGGGCCUUAUCCUAGUUCAGGUGGAUGGACUGAAAGAUGGCUACAUGAACAAACCCGACAGACCCAGCAUCGACAUUGACCCGUUCGGUUUCCUCCUUUUCCAAGCCGAUGGCGAUCUUGGUGACAUCCAGACGGCCCUGAAGGCCGAUAGCGGCCAGAAACGCGGCAGAUUUGCCGGCCACUGCUCAGCCCUCAUCAAGUUGUUGCCAGGCAACAAGGAUCUCUUUGUUUCGCAUGACACUUGGACGGAGUACGGGAGCAUGCUCAGGGUCGUGAAAAAGUACAACUUUGCUUUCAGGAUGUCUCCGAAAUCGUCUGCCUUUGUUCCUGGUCGUGAGGUCUCAUUUUCCUCCUACCAUGGCCCGCUUCUCUCUGGCGACGAUUAUUACAUCAUGGGCUCAGGUCUGGUUUCCAUGGAAACGACAAUAGGUAAUGACAACCCAGACCUAUGGAAGUAUGUGAAAUCCAAGGGGACUGUUCUGGAAUGGAUGCGCACCCUUCUCGCCAAUCGCCUCGCCAAUUCAGUCAUGGAGUGGACGGAUAUCUUCAGCAAGUACAACAGUGGCACCUACAACAAUGAAUGGAUGGUAGUAGACUACAAGCAUUUCACACCUGGACAGCCAUUGCCAAAAGAGGGCGUCCUUGCAGUAUUAGACCAACUUCCUGGACAGAUCGAGAAGAAGGAUAUGACAUGGUUACUCACAAAACAGACCUACUGGCCGAGUUAUAAUGUUCCUUAUUUCCCAGACAUCUUCAAGAACGGUGGCUUUGCCAAGCAGGCUGCCAAGUACGGGCCGUUCAUGCAAUACAACAGCACCCCCAGAGCCAACAUCUUUCGGCGGGAUCAUCACAAAGUGACCGACAUGGAGUCCAUGAUAAAAUUGAUGAGGUACAAUGAUUUCCAGCAUGAUCCGCUCUCCCGAUGCAAUUGUACGCCGCCCUACAGCGGUGAGAAUGGCAUCUCGGCACGCUCUGACCUCAAUCCAGCCAACGGUACCUACCCGCUGGAGUUCCUCGGUUUCCGCUGCCACGGUGGCACAGACAUGAAGGUGACCAGCAGUGGCAUGGCCAAGACGCUGUCCAUGAUGGCCGUCAGUGGGCCCACCCAUGACCAACAGCCCGUCUUCCAGUGGAGCAAGUCUCCAUGUGAAAAGGAGCAGCUUCACCUGGGCCACCCUGACCUCUUCAACUUUGAACCCAUGAAGAUCGUUUGGGAGCAGCCGUAAAAUAGAACCAGUACCUGCUGUCAGUGCAAGUGCCAGCAGCCGAUUUCACGAAAAAGGGCGUAGCUUGCGCCAUGCAUAGGACUUACGCAACAAAUUUGUUGCACAACUGCGCAAUAAACUUAACAAUCAAUUAAGAAUCAAUAGCUGUGCAACGUUUUAAAUAAUCUAAACAUCUUGGACGAGGAUAAUAACAGCAUUUACGACGGCUGUUUGUGUACGAUUUUGUUCGAUCAGGAAACAGUCGUUGAAUCACCUCAGCCUGCCAUUUUAAAAAUAAUCUUGUCCGAGUUGCUUCGGAAUUGUGCGGCAACUCUAAACGCUUGGUCACUAGUAGAAUAGCAAUUUAUUUACUUCAAACACAAAGCUGUGACUGUCUUGUUUCAACCUUGAUAAGUUGUGCAGUAACGGGCACCAGGACGAUCACGAUUUGCUGGUAAAAUAAGUCAUUUUCGGUCGCUACGCCACAACUUACACCACCUAAAAUUUUUGCUUAAGUUAUGCCAUAAUUUGUUGCGCAAGUCGCGGAUUUACGCGUUGUGAAACUUUCGUGAAAUUGUCAUCAACUGAAAUGUUGCGCAGUGUGAAAUGUUGCGCAACUUGCGCAAUAAAAUGUGGCGCAUGUGGAUUUAUGCCAUUGCGUAAAGUUUCGUGAAAUCGGCUGCAGUAUAUGUAUAGUGCAGGUGUCAGUAUUAGGCCCGGGUAUAGCCAAGUGAUUUGUACGACCUUUGUUUACUGCUCACGAGUGUGAAUUGAUAUGUUUGGAAAGUUAAAUUUUUCAGUGUGGAUGUUACAAAACAACAUUUUCAUGAUACUGAAGUUUUAAUACAAUAAGCACGAAGCAAUAAUCACAAACUCCAGUCAUAGCAGUUUAUCAUUAGCAAGCAUUCACAAUGACGCACCCUUGCGCGCAGUUGCUGUGAGCGAGAAUCUUGUGUUUGGUGUGCGACAUCACGUAGCUACAAUGUAAUGGGAAUCAUGUCCCAAAUGCUGAUUUGGGGAUUUGUGUCACAAUUCAAAAUACAACUAUGCAACUGUUAAACAAAAAUCGAAAUCCAGAAUGUUGUGUUUUCUUGAAACAUACAGCAUUCAUAGAGCUAAAAUUUAGUCGUUAAGCACUGGUCUUUAGAUUUUGAGCACUUUUAUUGCUUCAAAUAAAAAAAAAUGCACAAAUGACAAAAAUGGUCCAUCCUACCAACUUUCCCAUUGAAACUGGUACAUCAAACUAUAGUUCAUGCUUUGUUCUAUAUCAAGGCUUAGCACGGAGGCAAGUUUGUUUGGGGGCUUGUGAUGGGUUUCGCCCUUCACUAUAGAAAUACACUACUAGUUACUUUCUGAAAAUAAUACUUUCAAAAAGGGCAAAGCCCAAUAUUGAAAUAACAAUUUAUGUGUCAAUUCGUUCAUCAGGAUUCAAUUCUGGCUAACAUUUACAAAGAGGAAUUUCUUAAAACGUACUUUGUCCGUUUUUAGUUACGUUGUAUAAGUAGAGGACGGGAUUAGACAAGUACAUGUCCUUUUUUUUGGUGAAAACAUGCAAUGUUUACUUUUAAGGUUUUAUUAAGUUCUAUUUUUGUGUCAGGGGUGCUAGUCUGUGCCCAAUUCUUUCCAAAAAUGAAGUGGAAUUUUUGUACCAUUUUUUUUUUUAGUUUAAGACAAUGACAGUCUUAGUAUAUUUUAUCUUUAUAUUUUUGGUCAUUAGAAGGUGGUGACUUAUGCACAUGCUUGUUCUACAUUGUAGCAUGUUACCAUUUUUAUUUUAAUUAAUGAAAAUGGUUGCUCAGGGUGACAUUCCUAUAGACUUGUGCACA